AUGAAACUGGUCGUCGAUGGAAGAAGACGAUAUUUUCGUAUCUCAAGCAUUCAGGAUCGUGUCGACGCUCUUCACAUUUACGGAGGAGAACGAAUACGGGAAUUGAUCGAAUCGCUUGAAAACGCUCUCUCACAGUCAUCCGCCGAGAGUCUAAACGAGUACCAGAAACUCAUCGCCAAACUUGACAACCAUUUCAUUGCCAUGGUUAACCCCGACUGUACGCGUAGUAAAUUGAAGAAAAUGUGCCAAAGCGAAGCCGAAUCGGUCGCUCAAUAUCACGUUUGUUUACGGCUUCAAGUUGCAAAGUGUGGUUUCUUGGACCCUGAUGACGUCACCCGCGGCAAAAUUCUGCAUACCAUGGGUGACAAAAAACUCCGCCAGGAUGCAAUGAUGAAAAGGUAUGCGAUACAGCAAUUAUCGGCACAUGCUGCAAAUAAGGAAGACAUUGACCGCCAAGUCCAGCAUAUGGAGAGAACUCUGCCUUCGGCACCCCCUGCUCGAAAUCAGGUCAACAGAGUGUAUCAGAAGAGACAUCAGAAACCCAAGGACAAACUAAAACCUAAACCGACACAUGAUGACAAGAAGAGAAAUUCCUGACAAUUUUGUGGGUUGGACCACAAAGGGCUCCGAUCACAGUGCCCAGCCUGGGAAAACAUGCGGUUCCUGCUCGAAGAAGAGUCAUUUCGCCCGAAUGUGCAAAAGUAAGAAGAAACCAAAGGACUCACAGCACAGUCAGCAAUCUUCAGCCAAGUAUGUUAGGCAGGAGGAACAAGAAGAGUCAUCAGACACUGAUUUUGCAUUUCAGCUCCGAGCAGGCAAGUCAAACACACUCACACACUUAACCAUGCUACGGUUCAGGUUCGCAUUAGCGGGGUGAAAGGAAAGAUGGAAGCAGACUCCUGCUCCACAGCAAACAUUAUGGAUGAGCACAAAUUGGAGAAGCUCUAGUGCGCCCUCGAGGAGAAGAUAUCUUUGCAACCCACUGAAACCAAGUUGUAUGCAUUCGCUCAAAAGGAACCUGUCCCCCUCAUUGGUUGUUUCGAUGCAGAAAUUGAAGGUGUUAGCACCGGAAAGAAAACUAUGA